AUGGAGCGCAGGUGUCCCGUUGUCAUCGCCGACAGGCUCAUUGAUCAAAGGCUUCUCGAGGAGCGGAGCUGUCGUCCCUCAGGCUCCAGCGGCCUAUCCGAGGAUCUUCCUCGAACAGACACUUCCUGUCAGUGGCGAUCUCACUUCCUCACGGCUCUCCUUUCUCCCUGCCGGGCCACGAUGAGAGAAGCUGGGCACGAGAACGAGACAAAGGAGAGAGAGAGAAAAUGUUUUUCCCCUCUUAUCCGCCCUACAACAUGCCCUGGACUCAAUAUUUGUAAAGCAUUCAUUAUUUGUGGUUGACCUAUUCAUUAUGAAGUGAUGUACACAUUAUAUUUACACACCCUCACUUCCCAAAAGUCAAAGGUUCAGGGACGUUGUUGACCAUAUAGGCUAAUUAAUGUAGCGUGGCUGGGAAUAGGCAUACAGAGGAGUGGGUUGUCCUUGUGUAACAGUGUCAGUAAAUGACAGUGUGCUCACUGCUCACGCACAUCAACUCACACCUGCUCAGAUAGGUGCUGCCAAAACCACUUUGAUAGGAGCAGAGGGGCACUCACACCCUCAGCACAUAAAGCCAUUGAAGUGAUAAUGACAGUGUCACGCCCUGGCUCUGGGGACUCUUUAAUGUUGAGUACUUAGGCAGCCUGUUUUGCACAGUUGAUUGUGGGAUCUUGUUCUGUAUAGGUUUGUGUUGGUGAACCUUUAGACUUCACGUAUCGUUUUGUUGUUUUAUUGUUGGUGUAAAGUACUCAUUAAAAGAUGUACGCCUAUCACGCUGUGCCUUGGUCCACUGAUGACGAAUAUCGUGACAGAAGAUCCCACCAUACAAGGACCAAGCAGCGUGUGCAGGAGCAAACGCCGGGUAAGGAGCUGGAGAGGUUGGCGAUGGCCCAGGUGGGCCAAUGGUGGUCCUGGGAGGACAUGUUCGCGGGCAAAGGGCCAUGGGCUAAAGUUAAAGCGAGAGAGGAGGUACCGCGCCAACAGUGUCGUCGUCGGACAGGCGAGAGGCAACCCCAAGACAUUUUUUUGGGGGGGCACACGGCAUGGACGACGGGGCUGCUGGAGGCAGCUACAGGGCGAGUUUGUGGACUAGGAGAGGAGGCCACCAGGUUAAGGGGGCCAUUGGUCAGGAGGGAGAAGGAGAGUGUGGAGGCACGGAGAGAGGAACUGAGUAGGCAGCAGAGGGAGCGGAGGUUUAUGAGGAAACCUAGUCCCGCUCCUCGCACCAAGCAAGUGGUGUGUGUCACCAGUCCGGUCCGGCCCGUUCCUGAUUCCCGCACAAGGCCAGUGGUGUGUGUUCCCAGUACGGUCAGGCCCAUUCCUGCUCCCCGCACUAAGUUAGUGGUGCGUGUUCCCAGUACGGCCCAACCCGUUCCUGCUCCCCGCACUAAGUUAGUGGUGUGUGUUCCCAGUCCGGCCCGACCCGUUCCCGCUCCCCGCACUAAGUUAGUGGUGCGUGUUCCCAGUCCGGCCCGACCCGUUCCCGCUCCCCGCACUAAGUUAGUGGUGCGUGUUCCCAGUACGGCCCAACCCGUUCCUAAUCCCCGCACCAAGCCAGUGGUGCGCGUCGCCAGCCCGGUCCGGCCUGUUCCUGCUCCCCGCACCAAGCCUGUGGUGUGCGUCGCCAGCCCGGCCCGGCCCGUUCCUGCUCCCCGCACCAAGCCAGUGGUGCGCGUCCCCAGCCCGGGCCGGCCUGUUCCUGCUCCUCGCACCAAGCCUGUGGUGCGCGUCGCCAGCCCGGUCCGGCCUGUUCCUGCUCCCCGCACCAAGCCAGUGGUGCGCGUCGUCAGCCCGGUCCGGCCCGUUCCUGCUCCCCGCACCAAGCCUGUGGUGCGCGUCGCCAGCCCGGUCCGGCCUGUUCCUGCUCCCCGCACCAAGCCAGUGGUGCGCGUCGCCAGCACAGUUCGGCCUGUUCCUGCUCCCCGCUCCCCGCACCAAGCCAGUGGUGCGCGUCGUCAGCCCGGUCCGGCCCGUUCCUGUUCCACCUGUGCCUGGUCGGCACCGGUCAGCUGCUCCACGCCGGAGCCAGAGCAAUCCGCUCCACCGGUGUUCAGUCCAGCUCCGGCCAGCAGGGCCAGACCACGAGGGCGAGAGAGAGAGUGGUGGUCACGCCCGGAGCCGGAUCCGCCUCCGAGGCGGAAUGCCUACCCGGCCCCUCCCCUGUGGUGUUUGGUUGGCGCGGUCGCAGUCCGCGCCUUUGGGGGGGGGGGGGGGGGGGGGGGUACUGUCACGCCCUGGCUCUGGGGACUCUUUAAUGUUGAGCCAGGGUGUUAGUUCCUAUGUUUAGUUGUUCUAUGUGUUUAUUCUAGAUCGUUUAGAUCUAUGUUGGCCAGGGUGGGUCCCAAUCAGAGGCAGCUGUAGCUCGUUGUCUCUGAUUGGGAACCAUACUUAGGCAGCCUGUUUUGCACAGUUGAUUGUGGGAUCUUGUUCUGUAUAGGUUUGUGUUGGUGAACCUUUAGACUUCACGUAUCGUUUUGUUGUUUUAUUGUUGGUGUAAAGUACUCAUUAAAGGAUGUACGCCUAUCACGCUGCGCCUUGGUCUGCCUCUUACAACGAUUGUGACAGACAGUCGUAACAACAUCAAAAACAUAAUCAUAAUAAUGAUAAUACUUAUAGAGUGAUUAUCAUAAAUUAUGCUCAAACUUAACAGAAUAUUGAUAGUUACAUGGGAGGGUUGAUCACGAUACAUUAAAUUAGAUAAGAUCAAAUGAAAAAGCUUUCAAAGAGACUCGCAAAAAGAAACACAUUUCGCAUAGUUUCCCAGUAAAAAGAGUGCCAGUAUUUUGUAGGUUUUACUGAGAAAGCUCUUUCACCACAGUAACCAGUGUUUUUGUAGCAGCUGUGGACUCAAUGAGUCAGUCACUAACAUACUCAACGAACUCUUUAACCCUCCACUGGUUCUUUAUGAAUGGAUGGUGUAUUGCCUCCAUAAGGAUCAUGUCAUAUUUUAUACACACUAUACAGUAUAAUAUAAACGUUGGUUUACUUUCUACACUGUAGUGUACAUGAUUUGUCUAUUUUACUAUUUAGCCAGUGUAAAAAGCUUUCUAUCCACCAGAUUGAUACUCUUAUCUUCUCAUGUUUUGAAGGGAACCAUGUUUUAACACCUACUCGCCAUACCUUACUUCAAUGGGAAUGCCAAAGCCUCUGUUUCUACGUCCAAUAUGAUUUGACACUGUUCUGGUGGUCACACAUUUACGGAUCACUCGCUCAUUAGUGUACACACCUGUACACACACACUGUACCCAAUGUACACAUGCAUCAAUACACUUACACACUUACAGGUGACAAAGGAAGCAGGAAAAUGACCUCUUGAGACCGGUGUCUCAGGCGCCAGAGAAUAGUGAAAUAUUAUAGCCAAACACAGAUGAAUAGAUAUAUGAAUAAUGGAGGAAGUAUACCCUAAAUGGACAGUUAACACUAUUUAUUUUUUACUCAGGACAUGAAACUGCUGAGCCAUCAAAGAACAAUCAGCGUGAUGUUAAAGACUGCUGUCACAACUUCCUCCGAGGCUGCCUCCUCUCCUUGUUCGGGCAGGCUUCGGCGUUUGUCAUCACCGGCCUUCUAGCCACUGCCGCUCCUCAACUCAUCAUUCCAUUUGUUUUGUCUUGUUGAUUACACACACCUGGUUCAUAUCCCCUCAUCAGUACCUGUAUAGGUGUUCCCUCUGCCCCCUUGUCUUUGUGUGUGAUUGUUUAUUGUGAGGAUAGUGAAGCUCGGUGGAGCUCCUUGUAUUUUGUAUUCCCCGGGUUAUUUUCUGCGUACUCUGUAUUCCGGAAUAAAUCCUGUUAUUCUGUGAUUUACCCUCUUGCGCCUGACUCUUUCAAAUCACCCAUCACAGAAUCACACACCCGCCAUGUAGUCAGCAGGAGAGGAGCACAUGUCUGGAGUCGUGGCAUGGGUCCGGGAGCAUUCAACGAUGCUAGCCAGCUUGGGAGAAGCGAUGGAUCGGGUUCUCCAGGUCGUCCAACGCUUGGAGAGGAUAGGACCCGAUCUGUCAGGACCAGAUGAGCGACCGGAUCCAGCCACCCACAUCCCAGCACCCAGAGGGAUCCAGAUAUCCCAACCAUAGGAUUUUGACGGGACAGCUGCUCUCUGCCAGGAAUUCCUCCUACAACUGGAGCUAUAUUAUUCGAACAUCAGCCCGGCCCCAUCCACCCGAAGGUAGAGAGGGGGGCGAGCGGCUGGUCCACCUGAGGCAGGGAACGAGGACCGCGCAGGACUUCGACCUGGAGUUUCGGACUCUAACGGCUGGGUCCGGGUGGAACGAGCGGGCCCUCAUCGACCACUUCCGAGGACGUCCGAAGGGAGCUAGCCUGCCGGGACACCAUGUUGUCCUUCAAUCAACUGGUGGACAUGGCCAUCUGGUUGGACAACCUGCUGGAUGCUAGAGGACGUCCUGGAAGGAGCCUGCCCGUUCCAUCCCCCCCUAACCCGGAUCACGAGCUGAUGGAACUGGAUGGAGCAGCGAUCUGGGAGAGCAGAGGAUGACAGCGCCAGUGUCACUCUAGUGGAACGAGAGGACAUUCUCCUGCACGCUGUCGUUGGCGUUCUUUUGGGUCUGGAGGUGGCAGACAGGGCACUCUCGUGUCACCCCAGGUAUCGAACACCCACACUCGUUCAGAGGCCUCUGCUGCGCACUGUACCCUACCCAUCCACUUUCCUGACUACACAGUAGUUCCCCAGUGUAAGGCGCUGGUCAAUUCAGGCGCAGCUCUGAACUUUAUGGACAUGUCAUUUGCACAUAGUCUAGGCAUUACAUUGGUUCCCCUAUCCAUUCCACUCCCCAUCAGAGAACUUGACAGUCGACCACUAGGGUCCGGGUUCGUUAGGGAAGUUACAGCAACAGUCACUAUGGUUACACAUGAGACCCAUAGUGAGCAAGUCACCUUUUUUAUUAUUAAGUCUCCUGAUUUCCCUGUUGUGUUAGGUCUUCCCUGGUUAGCACUACACAACCCCACCUUUUUAUGGCCACAGAUGGUUCUCACGGGGUGGUCGCGAGAGUGUCAGGGUAGGUGUCUAGGUGUUUCUGUUGGUGCAACCACGGUGGAAAGUCCAGACACUACCUUGUAGUAACCCCUGUCGCAUGCUGAAACUGAGGCGAUGGAGAAAUACAUCUCCGAGUCCCUGCGUCAGGGGUUCAUACGUCCCUCCAUUUCGCCCGCCUCCUCAAGUUUUUUGUGAAGAAGAAAAACGGAGGUCUGCGCCCUUGCAUUGAUUACCAAGCACUGAACAAGGGGACAAUACAAUAUAGUUAUCCUCUACCCGUCAUUCCAUCUGUGAUCGAGUCAAUGCAUGGGGCGCGCUUCUUCCCAAAUUAGAUCUCCGGAGUGCGUACAACCUGGUGCGUGUCCGAGAGGGGGACGAGUGGAAGACAGCAUUCAGCACAACCACGGGGCAUUAUGAAUACCUGGUGAUGCCCUACGGUUUGAUGAAUGCUCCAUCAGUCUUCCAGUCCUUUGUGAACGAGGUGUUUCGGGACAUGCUUGGUCGCGGUGUAGUGGUCUACAUCAAUGACGUUCUGGUGUAUUCCGCUACGUGCGCCGAGCAUGUGUCCCUGAUUCGCAAAGUGCUGGCCCGACUGUUGGAACAUGACCUUUAUGCCAAGGCAGAAAAGUGUCUGUUUUUCCAACAGUCCGUCACCUUCCUCGGAAUACCGCAUUACCACCUCAGGUGUGGAAAUGGAGGGAGAUCGCAUUUCAGCCAUGCGUAAUUGGCCAACUCCAACCACGGUUAAGGAGGUGCAGCGCUUUAUUGGAUUUUCCAACUACAAUCUGAGGUUUUUCCGGGGCUUUGGCAAAGUCGCAGCUCCCAUCACAUCUCUGUUGAAGGGUGGGCUGUCCCGGCUCCGCUGGUCUGCUGAGGCUGACAGGGCCUUCAGUAACCUGCCCCGGUACUGGCCCAUCCCAUCACUACCGUUCGUAGUCGAGGUGGAUGCGUCCGAGGUAGGGAUAGGCCCUGUCCUAUCUCAACGCUUGGGCAUGCCACCCAAGCUCCGCCCCUGUGCCUUCUUCUCCAAGAAGCUCAGCCCGACAGAGCAGAACUACGACGUUGGUGAUCGGGAGCUGUUGGCUGUUGUCCGAGCCCUGACUGUGUGGAGGCACUGGCUCAAGGGGGCGAAACAUCCUUUCCACGUCUGGACGGACCACUGUAACCUGGAGUACAUCCGGGCAGCGAGGAGGCUGAACCCUCGCCAGGCUAGGUGGGCCCUAUUCUUCACCCGGUUUGAUUUUACUCUAUCAUACAUUCCGGGUACGAAGAACAUGAAGGCAGACGCACUGUCACGGCUGUACGACACAGAGGAGAGGCCCAUAGACAACACCCCCAUACUCCCUGCCUCCUGUAUUGUGGCACCGGUAGUAUGGGCGAUGGAUGCGGACAUAGAGCGGGCGUUACGCACAAAGCCAUCACCACCUCAGUGUCCAGCUGGGCUGCAGUACGUGCCGUCUCUUGUCCGUGACCGUCUGAUCUAUUGGGCACACACGUCACCCUCCUCUGGUCACCCAGGUAUCGGUCAUAUAGUGCGCUGCCUGACCGGAAAGUACUGGUGACCUACCUUGGCUAAGGACGUGAGGGUAUAUGUCUCCUCCUGCUCGGUGUGCGCACAGAGUAAGGCACCUAGGCACCUCCCAGCGGGUAAGUUACAGCUCUUACCAGUUCCACAACGGCCAAGGUCACACUUGUGUAUUGACUUCCUUACUGAUCUUCCCCUCUCUCAAGGUAACACCACCAUCCUGGUCGUUGUGGACCGCUUUUCCAAAGCCUGCCGCCUCCUUCCUCUGCCCAGUCUCCCCACGGGAGAGGCCCUGUUUAGACUGCGGAGGCCCUGUUUACACACAUCUUCCGGCACUACGGGGUGCCAGAGGACAUAGUGUCUGACCGGGGUCCCCAGUUCACAUCCAGGGUCUUGAAGGCGUUCAUGGAACGUCUGGGGGUCUCGGUCAGCCUGACCUCUGGUUUUUGCCCCGAGUCUAAUGGGAAGGUGGAACGGGUGAAUCAGGAUGUGGGUAGGUUCCUGCGGAACUACUGCCAGGACCGGACGGGGGAGUGGUCGGUGUUCUUGCCAUGGGCCGAAUAUGCCCAGAACUUUCUCCGCCACUCCUCUGCUAACCUAACGCCAUUUCAAUGUGUUUUAGGUAAUCAGCCGGUUUUGGCACCGUGGCAUCAGAGCCAGACCGAGGCUCCUGCGGUGGAUGACUGGUUUAGGUGCGCGGAGGAGAUGUGGAAAGCUGCUCACGUCCACCUCCAACGCGCCGUGCGUCGCCAGAAGGUCAACGCUGACUGCCACCACAGUGAGGCCCCGGUCUUUGUACCGGGUCAUCAGGUCUGACUUUCGACCCGGAAUCUGCCCCUCCACCUGCCUUGCCGGAAGCUGAGCCUGCAGUUUGUGGGGCCGUUCAAAGUCCUGCGAAGAAUAAACAAGGUUACUUAUAGGUUAUUACUCCCUUCAGAUUACCGUCUUAACCCCUCGUUAUAUGUCUCUCCUCAGGCCAGUGGUGGCUGGUCCGUUCCAGGAGUCUGAGGUGCGGGAGGUCCCUCCACCCCCUCUGGAUAUUGAGGGGGCCCCGGCUUACUCCGUCCGUUCCAUCCUGGAUUCGAGGCGUCGGGUGGGGGGCCUUCAGUACCUCGUGUAGUGGGAGGGGUACGAUCUGGAGGAGCGGUGCUGGGUCCCGGUGAGGGAUAUCCUCGAUCCCUCCCUGUUGCAGGAUUUCCACCGUCGCCAUCUGGCUCGCCCUGCUCCGCGUCCUCCUGGUGGUCCCUGAGGCCGGUGUUGGCGCGCUGCUGGAGCUGCUUGUCAAGGGGGGUGGGUACUGUCACGACUUCCUCCGAGGCUGCCUCCUCUCCUUGUUCGGGCAGGCUUCAGCGUUCAUAGUCACCGGCCUUCUAGCCACUGCCGCUUCUCAUCUCAUCAUUCCAUUUGUUUUGUCUUGUUGAUUACACAAACCUGGUUCAUAUCCCCUCAUCAGUACCUGUAUAAGUGUUCCCUCUGCCCCCUUGUCUUUGUGUAUGAUUGUUUAUUGUGAGGAUAGUGAAGCUCGGUGGAGCUCCUUGUAUUUUGUAUUCGCCAGGUUAUUUUCCCCGUGUGCCUUGUUGGUUACAGUGUGCCUGUUUUGCUCACUGGACUGUUUUGACGCUUUACUGCAUAUUCUGUAUUCCAGAAUAAAUCCUGUCAUUCUGUGAUUUACCCUCCUGCGCCUGACUCCUUCAAAUCACCCAUCACAAGUGCUCUAUUCACAACCGUAUAUGAAACUGCUUUUUGUGUGUGUGCUUCGAUGAGCAGUAAGGUUCUGUUUAGGGCUGUUACGGUGACCGUAUUACUGCCAAACCGGUGGUCACGAGUCAUGACGGCAGUCAAAUUCCACGUGACCGUUUAGUCACGGUAAUUAGGCUUCUCCAAGCUCUGAUGCUGCUGACGGUCAUUAGUAGCCUACCAAACUUGCUGACUGCCUGGUCCUCAGCACUCUAUUGUCCCUCUAAUCACUCUGACAUCAAUGCAAAUGUAAUUGAAAAUCUAAUCAAACACUUGAGAGCCCAUGAGCUGAUGGUGCUCAACAUUUACAUUUUUUUACAUUUUAGUCAUUUAGCAGAUGCUCUUAUCCAGAGCGACUUACAAUUAGUGAGUGCAUACAUUAUUUAUUUUUAUUUUUUCAUACUAGCCCCCCGUGGGAAUCGAACCCACAACCCUGGCGUUGCAAAUGCCAUGCUCUACCAACUGAGCUACAUCACUGCCAGCCAUUCCCUCCCCUACCUGGACGACGCUGGGCCAAUUGUGCCCCAUGGGUUCUAUAGGCUAUGCAAUUGCAUGAGAAAACAGAGUGAUGGCCUCUAUUAAAAAGAGGAGGAUCCCAUCAGCUUUCUAUAGGCUAGGCCUACUAUAUUUAUUUCUCAACUUUCCUAAUAUUAAGCACAUUACUUCUCUUCAAAACAGGAGUAUAGCCCACCUGGCUGGCGUGAAAAUUAACCACGGAAAAGCAUCCUCCAUUCGCUAUUUAAGUGCAUAGACAUGUAUUUUUUUCAGCUGCCCCUGUUUCAAGACAGGCGCAUGAUAAUGGUACAUUCUAAUCAAAACACAUUUCACACAUGUAUUAUUUAGUAUAUGUAAAGACAAUAUUAAAUCAAGGAUAGUGUGAUGGUUGACCAUAUUAGCCUAUCACUUGUGAAUUAUAUAAUAUCACUUGUGAAUGAUGCCCAGCUUAAGGCAAACAGUGCAUGUUUUUUUGUGUGUGACUUUUUCAAAUCAUAGUCGUGCACCUCAUGUAGCCUAGCCCAUAGGCCUAUACAUUUUGAUAAGGUUUGUAUCACAACUAAAGUGGCCAAGUAACUUCUUAAAAUUAAGCACACUAAUCUGCUUUACAAAGGGUGCAUACGCAAGUCUAGGUCCAAAAGGCUCCUUAACAGCUUCUACCCCCAAGCCAUAAGACUGCUGAACAACUAAUCAAAUGGCCACCCGGACUAUUUACAUUGAUCCCCCCCCCUCUAAUGUGAAGAAAUAGCCUAAUAGUUUAUCAACAUUUUAAGCUAAACGUUGUCAUCUGUUGCAUCAGGCUCAUUGCUUAAAACUGGGUUUGUUAUCAUUUACAUUUUAGUCAUUUAGCAGACACUCUUAUCCAGAGCGACUUACAGUUAGCACAUACAUUAUUUUAUCAAACCCACAACCCUGGCGUUGCAAACGCCAUGCUCUACCAACUGAGCUACAUCCCCUGCCGGCCAUUCCCUCCCCUACCCUGGACGACACUGGGCCAAUUGUGCGCCGCCCCAUGGGUCUCCCGGUCACGGCCGGCUACGACAGAGCCUGGAUUUGAACCAGAAUCUCUAGUGGCACAGCUAGCACUGCGAUGCAGUGCCUUAGACCACUGCGCCACUCGGGAUUGUAUUAAUUUGGGAUCUAUUGAAUCCCACAACUGUCCCAGACUAUGUUUGGAAUAUUUAUUUCUCGCCCAGAAUAGAAUAGGUCAACUUUUGUACUAUGGGGGAUAGUAGAUUGACAUAGGCUAGUGAUUUUACUGUUUGUUAGGCCUAAUCUUGUUGGCUGACGAAAAGUAAAUGUGGACAGUUCUUCCAAUAUCUUCAAUAUGCACCUCGGAAUUGGAUAAGGACGCGCGCAGUUGCGUCCCGGAUGUGUCGGUCUUCACUUGUAGCCUGUGAGAAAGAUGCAAUCAUGUGACUGAGAGCCAUGUGAGUGAGAGGUGAUGGAGAGUCAUGUGAGUGUGAGGUGCUUCGGAAAUUAUAAUUAUUAUAUUCAGCCCAAGGGCACAACGGCCACUGGCCGCAAAAGGCAUGGAUUUUUUUAGGGGGGGAUUAUGGCCACACAAAGGGGAUGCAGCCAGGAAAUUCAAGGCAUUAUCAAAUACUUGUCAAAUUGUGAAUGAGAGACUGAUGAAGUGUGUACAGCCUGCGCAAAAACAAAAAGCAGAGCUCAUGCCUUUCAUGUGACUUUUUUCAAAUCAUCAUUAAAGUCGCAUCUUGCAGCCUUAGAAUGUAUUAAAAAUCAAACAUAUAGCCCAACAUUUGUAUCACAACUAAAGUUACUUAAAUAACUCUAAGUUAAGCAUAUAGCAGUACCUGUUUCUUUGUUAACUGCUCAACACACAAUAGCCGCAUGUGCGCAAUACCUCAAAUCGUUUGGAGAAAAUAUCCUUUCUAUGUUCAAUUGUAUUCUUCAUAGUAUAAAAUAAUAUAAAAUAAUGCCAUGGAAUUCUAAGCAAAUCUUGUCUGCUAGUGUAGCCCACAGCCAUAUGGCAUAGUCAGAUCAGGGCCUAACAUAAGGACAACUCAGAGUAUGCUAUUCUGUUCUUCUGAAAUAGACUACAUUUUCUUCAUAUCAUGUUUCUUUAGACCUGUCUAAAAUAAAUAAUGGAUUUAUUGUGAUGGUGUAGGCUAUAUUACAUAGAUUUAUUAGACUUUAUAAAAUGUAGAUGUUCCAAAGGUCAGCAUCAGUGGCUUGUAGGCAGGAGAUGCUAAAUGUGUUUAUGUUAAUUAACGGCCCUUGCUGUCUCUGCCGGGCCGGUUCCCCUCUCCACUGGGGUUCUCUGCCUCUAACCCUGUUGCAGGGGCUGAGUCACUGGCUUGCUGGUGCUCUUUCAUGCCGUCCCUGGGAGGGGUGCGUCACUUGAGUGGGUUGAGUUACUGACGUGAUCUUCCUGUCUGGGUUGGCGCCCCCCCCUUGGUUUGUGCUGUGGUGGAGACCUCUGUGGGCUAUACUCGGCCUUGUCUCAGGAUUGUAAGUUGGUGGUUGGGGAUAUCCCUCUAGUGGUGCGGGGGCUGUGCUUUGGCGGAGUGGGUGGGGUUAUAUCCUUCCUGUUUGGCCCUGUCCGGGGGUUUCUUCGGAUGGGGCCACAGUGUCUCCGGACCGCUCCUGUCUCAGCCUCCAGUAUUUAUGCUGCAGUAGUUUAUGUGUCGGGGGGCUGGGGUUAGUUGGUUAUACCUGGAGUACUUCUCCUGUCUUAUCCAGUGUCCUGUGUGAAUUUAAGUAUGCUCUCUCUAAUUCUCUCGUUCUCUCUUUCUCUCUGAGAACCUGAGCCCUAGGACCAUACGUCAGGACUACCGGGCAUGAUGACACCUUGCUGUCCCCAGUCCGCCUGGCCUUGCUGCUAUUCCAGUUUCAACUGUUCUGCCUGCGGCUACGAAACCCCUACCUGUCCCAGACCUGCUGUUUUCAACUCUAAAUGAUCGGCUAUGAAAAGCCAACUGAGAGACCUGAGCCCUAGGACCAUACGUCGGGACUACCGGCCGUGGUGACUCCUUGCUGUCCCCAGUCCGCCUGGCCUUGCUGCUAUUCCAGUUUAAACUGUUCUGCCUGCGGUUAUGGAACCCCUACCUGUCCCAGACCUGCUGUUUUAAACUCUAAUGAUCGGCUAUGAAAAGCCAACUGAGAUUUAUUCCUGAUUGUUAUUUGACCAUGCUUGUCACUUAUGAACAUUUUUGAACAUCUUGGCAUGGUUCUGUUAUAAUCUCCACCCGGCACAGCCAGAAGAGGACUGGCCACCCCUCAUAGCCUGGUUCCUCUCUAGGUUUCUUCCUAGGUUUUUGCCUUUCUAGGGAGUUUUUCCUAGCCACCGUGCUUCUACACCUGCAUUACUAGCUGUUUGGGGUUUUAGGCUGGGUUUCUGUACAGCACUUCGAGAUAUUAGCUGAUGUAAGAAGGGCUAUAUAAAAUAAAAUUGAUUGAUUGAUUGAACGGUCAGUUACUGUGAGACCAGCAGUUAUUUGAUUGACAAUCACUGGCUGUAAUGACCGCAACAGCCCUAGUUCUGAUCGAGCCAUUCAGACACAUUAUACAAUUAUUAUUGUGCAAUACCAUUUUAUUUGAUAGUACUUUACAAUUAAAAACACAUUAUUUUAUUUAAGCAACUAUUAAAAGCUUGACAUUUCGGCCUGAUGAUGGUUCUGAUGAAGGCCGAAACGUCAAGCUUUUAAAGUUUCUUAAAGAUGGAAUCCGCAGUAGGGGAAACAGCGCCACUGGCCACCCCACCACUGCAAAUGCAGUACAUAUUGUGCUCUUCUAAUGCUGUGCCAUGGGAAAAAACAGUUUGGUGUUUGCAGUAACUUAUUUGUUGUUGUAAUAUCGCAAAUGGGCGUGGCUGUUUCACCAUUAAGGAUUACAGAUUUAAAUAAAAUAAUGUUUUUAAUGGUGAGCGAGCAUCGCACCUUUUCCUUUAUUUUUAUUUUGUUAGAUUGGAUGAGUUUAUUUGUUUAUUAGUCACAUGUACAGGGUAUUUGUAAUUGCAGGGUACAGUGAAAUUCUUAGAAUGUCCCAGAGGGAAUGUCCACAGAGCAGCGGGGGUGGGGGGGGGGAGUGAGAAGUGAAUGAAACAAGGAUGAUACAAAAUUUGGUUGCACCUCAACUCGUUGGUUGAGCGCCCUCCACUUCUAUCCGUAUUUUACAGUAUCUGAAAUUAAUUUGAUAGAGAGCUGUGAAUGCUUGGUGAUACGGUACACUCAUCCAUUUCUAACAGACAAAAUCAAUGUUCCACCACAACCCCAGCUGACCCAUUUCAGGUAUAAGUCAAUAGCUCUCCACAAGAUUUAAUGAUGGCUGUUAUUGAGCAUUUAGUAUGCUAUUCAUUACUGUACUGUAAGAUUCAUAACACAUUUGUCUCUGGAGGGGGGUGUUGUGGUAGAAAUAUAAUUUAAUAGAAAUAGAAUGAGUAGAAUGGGAAAGCGUCUCAGACCACUGUAAUUUGAUUGCAACCUCAUUGACUUCAACCCAUUCUAGUAAUUAUAUUUCUAUGGUGGUUGGAUCCAGGAUCCAGGGGCUGGGAUGACAUUGGUCCAUACUAUAUUUGAGUGUGCAACUUUCUUUCUUUAUUGAAUGACUCUCUGUCAUAGAACUGUCAAUCCCCUCUGCUUUCUCUCCCCCUUCAGUCUUCCUCUCUAUCUGGGUCUAGCCAUGGGUGUUCCCUGGGUCCCUCUGCCAACAGACUCUUCCUUUUGUCUUGUCAGACUGGCUGUCCUUUGACAUCCUAGGAUUCCUAUAGCUUCUCAUUGUGGAAGUGAAAGACAGGACAGUUAUUCAAAGCAGGGUGAUGUGAGAUACCUCCCACUGGGCAGAAACUGGUUGAAUCAACGUUGUUUCCACAUAAUUUCAACAACAAAAUUCAAUGUGAUGACGUUGAAUCAACUUAGAAAAUUGAUUGGAAAAAGUCAUCAACGUAAGGGAAUUUUGUCAUUUUUUUAUCGAACUUUAAACCUAAAUCCAAUGACAGGGUGAAAUGUGUUGUUGAUUUCCUGUUGAAUUAAUGUUAGUUGAACUGACAUCUGUGCCCAAUGCGUUUGUUAGGGAGUGUUUGGACCUCUUGGGAAAUAAGACAAAACCUAAAUGAAUUCAACAAGAUUAUAAAUGUUUUAAAAGAGGCAAACACUCUUUCAAUACUAGAGAAUAAUAAUAAAUAUACUACUGUAUAUAUUUGUUCCCACUGUCAUGACACAGACUGGCUAAAUGCACCCCAAAGAGGUCUGGGAUAGACUACCACGUCUCUGCCAGUGUCAGACAGUCAGAAGUUGCGUCCUAAGUAGCACCCUAUUCUUUUAUAGUGCACUACUUUUGACUAGAGCCCUAUGGGGACUAUAUAGGGAAUAGGGUGCCAUUUGGGACGUACCCAGAAAGUUGAGGAAGUGCCAGCCAGGCAUCUAAUAACUUUCACACCAUCUUGAUUGGAUUAGCUUGCAAAGCUGGAGGCUGCAGUAACCUUUACACAUUUAUUUUGUAUUUUAUUUUACCAUUAUUUUACCAGGUAAAUUGACUGAGAACACAUUAUCAUUUACAGCAACAAUCUGGGGAAAAGUUACAGGGGAGAGGAGGGAGGAUGAAUGAGUCAAUUGGAAGCCGGGGUUGAUUAGCUGGCCAUGAUGGUAUGACGGCCAGAUUUGGAAUUUCACAUAACUUACCCAUGCUUUAGAAGACAAACUCCAUGGUUUUUGUAGGAUAUUGGUUAGCAGUAUGUGUUGUUUGGAACAAAGGGUUCUACACAUAGAAACUACAAGUGUACAGUGAGACAUUCUCUAUGUAGGCAAUCAUGAAGGAGAAUAUAUGAUGUAGAGUUGUAGCCUCCUACGGUAAUGAUAUGAGGAUUUGGUACCGAUCCUCUUCUCUCUCUUUAAACCCUAUUACAACACAGUUGUAGAAUAUGUAUAACCCCCUAUACUGUCCCUUACACGUACCUUCCCCUCUCCCUCUCUCUCCCUAUCAUACACCUUUUGCCUUUUAUAGUAUAGCCAUUCAAUUCCAGACCUCCAUAAUAAGCUUUGCCUCACUCUGUUCUCCAAGAUUUUCAAAUGCCAUGAGACAAAAACCUGAAUAGCAACAAACCUCAGACUCCUGGAAGUUAUAUUUUAUUAACCAUAUGUAGAAGGACAUGCCAAAACGUAUUAUGUCUGUGCCUUUCAAGACCAAUAUUUUAUUAUAUGUCUGGGAAUUUGUCUUUCAAUCGACUCUGUACCCUUUUUUCUCUCAAGCUGUCAAUGUGAAAAAUGUCUGGAGUAUUACAUUUUAUGUCACUCUUCAGUAUAAUAAGUUAAUUCAUAACCUCUCUAACUCCCUCUGUCUCCCCCCCCCCCCCCCCGUCCCCCCGUCCCCGUCUCCUUCUCUCUCUCAUAUGCAGCGUGUGGCUCAGGGUUCUUUAAGUCUUCCCAGGGGGACCACCUGUGUCUCCAGUGUCCCAUCAACAGUCGCACCACCAACGAGGGGGCCACCAACUGUGUGUGCCGCAACGGCUACUACCGCACCGACUCGGAUCCCCCGCAGAUACCCUGCACCAGUAGGUUUCUAGUCCUUACAGUACCACACACUCUCCAUAGGUGGUACUACACAGUGUUAAGGAAAGACACAGUAGAGAUUAUCAUACAACAGUCUAUUUAGUAGGCUUUUUGUGUAUAUAAGAAUAGUAUAAAAAUUCACAUUUUAAAUAAUGAAUUGACAAAUGCUCCCAGGACAUAAUGGGCCAUUAUCAAUUCUUCUGAGUUUUCAUUUUUUAUUUGAAUUUACUAACAGAAUCCAUCACCUCAACCCUAAUAAUGUAACGUAGGCCUUAUGUGUCAUUCACUAUAGAAAAAAGAACCUGCCUAGCAAAGACACAAUGAUUCUGAUAUAUUUUGUGCAUAAUGCAAUGAGCACAAACAAAAGUGCUAACCUCAAGCCAAAUCUAUUCAACUUUCACUUUUUUAUCAACACUCCAGCUCCACUUGUACAAGAAAUACCAAAGUGAUGCAUACUUCUAGGUGCCCAAGGGCCAAACAAGGGUUAUGUUUCAUUCUGGCAUGUGGUGGCCCUCUUUUGUAAAAGCACUGAACUGUUGGAAUGUCCCUUCCAUUCUCUUCCAUUGGUGCAACAGUCCGACAAGGACCUCAGAGAAAAUAGCCUGAGAGAUUUGCAUAAGCCUGUCCCUUAUGAAGGGGGCAGCUGUUUUGAAUUUGAAAAUGGGUUUGUGUCCCAAAUAGCACCCUAUUGCUUUUAUAGUGCACUACUUUUAACCAGAGCCCUAUGGGCACCCUAUGGGCCCUGGGGAAAAGUAGUGCACAAAAAAGGCAAUAGGGUGCCAUUUGGGAUGUAGCCAGGGCCACAAUGGAGAUGUGGCCCUCAGCGGUCUCUCGCUAAUUGAAGAGGCAGAAAUGAGCAUGCAGGGGCAUUCUUUGUGUCUCUCAGAUUCCAUCAGGACGCUAGUUAGCUAGCACACUGCUCUUUUAACCGCUCUCUCUUCCUUCUAUAGAAAUGUUGAUCUGAAGCCUGAUGGACUUGAAUAGAGCUCAUGCAAAUACUUUGGAGUCUUUGAAUUUAGUGUCAGAAUAAAAGUUAAAUAUCACAACAUUUCUAUUUGAAAUAUUUUGGACAUCAGAGCAACCUUGAGGGAAUCUUAUUUGAGUCAGAAAAAUAUGUUCAUAUGAUAGGGAAGAACUAUAAAACCUUGUAGAGAGCAUAUCCAACUGACUAUCUCUUAGAAAUAUAUAUAAACUAUUGGAACCAAGACUUAAAAAUAACUGAUGUUGGCACAAUAUGGAGGGAAAGUUGGAGCAAUAACUAACAAAAUUACAGUUAACGAAAAUGUACGCUUAAUCCAGGAUAGACCAAUGUAUAGAAUGUAUUAUACAAGAGACAAAAUUCACAAAUUCUAUAGCAUAACGGCAGAGUCAUGUCUUAAGUGUAAAACUAAUAAUGACUCAAUAAUCCAUGCUUUCUGGGAAUGCAAUAAAGUCCGGAAGUUGUGGGCGGAGCUAGAAAGUUGCCUGUCAGAACUAUUAACAAUGUAACCUUACUUUUAAUCUGUUUGUCUGCAUAUUUUAAGACAUGUCAUAUGGGGGUCUAGUGAGAUACCCGAUGGGUUGAACGAUUCUCUUUUCAUCACUCAUCUUGAAAAAACAUAUACUAAAAACUUGGAAAUCUAUCAAUCCGCAAUCAUUAACACAAAGGAAAAACCUAAUGAUUUAUUAUUUCAUUAUUGAAAGUGUGUGGGCUACGGAGAGAAACAAAAUGCAGUUUCAGGCCAUGUGGUGGAGAGAAAUGCAGGCACUGGAGAUGGGGGUGUGUGCUAGUGGGUCUGGGCAGGGGUGAUGUAGUUUAUGUUUGUAUGAUGUUGUCAUUUGUAUGUGUAUGUUUUGUAUUGUUUAUAAAAAACAAAAAUUAGUGUCCGAAUAUUGAAGUAUGUUGACGUGUGGAGACUAUAGUUUUGUAACCUACUGUAUACUACUCCAACCACACAGAGUUAAUUUAUUACAGAGUUAACCAGCAGUCAACAACCCUGAUGCUGGAGAGCUAUAGUACAGGGUGUGGGUUGUGUUGGAAUCUGACGCUGCACUCCCUGUAGCUCCUCAGGACCAGGUUUGAUGAUGACCACUGUCUGGAGUAUAAACCUCAUCAUCAGUGACCUUCCCUAAACUCUUCUUCAUCUCCCCCAUCUCCCCUGACAGCCAUCCCCUCCGCGCCCCAGAGCGUAAUCUCCAUCGUGAACGAGACGUCCCUGAGGUUGGAGUGGAGCACGCCACGUGAUGGCGGCGGCCGCGAGGACGUGGUCUACAACAUCAUCUGUAAGAGCUGUGGAGGGGGCCGGGGAGGCUGUACACGCUGCGGGGACAAUGUCCAGUUCAUCCCUCGCCAACUGGGCCUGACGGAGACCAGCGUCCACAUCACUGACCUGCUGGCCCACACACAGUACACCUUUGAGAUCCAGGCGGUCAAUGGAGUCUCCGACCAGAGCCCCUACUCGCCACACUACUCCUCAGUCAACAUCACCACCAACCAGGCCGGUAAGGGUAUAGUAUUCAGACAUGAUUUACAGCGUUAUUAGUUGAGGUUCAAGUUUCAAAUGGACUGGGUGUUAAGCAAUGUUGUUAUUAGGGUCAGGCUAAACACUUGCAACUCUCUGCCCUUAACACUGUAGUCUUUUCUCCACUGCACUAGCUGUCAGUCCUAAUUACUGUCUGGGAUAGGACUGUGAAAAGAGCAAACUCAGGUUCCCAUGAGCCCCAGUGUUUUUCUGGGGCUGCUGGGACCUGCAUGGCAGCAAUUACAGGCUAUAACCAAAAGCACUAAUGUUACAUAAACAUGCCCUAAUUAAGUCCUCAUUAGGAGAGGCCUUGUGUGUGUGUGUGUGUGUGUGUGUGUGUGUGUGUGUGUGUGUGUGUGUGUGUGUGUGUGUGUGUGUGUGUGUGUGUGUGUGUGUGUGUGUGUGUGUGUGAGUGUGAGUGUGAGUGUGAGUGUGUCUGCCUACUGAGUGAAUAUUUCAUAUCUCAGACUGAAAACAAAUACAUUAUUACUAUUAGUAUUUUCAGUGAAUGGGUGACUGUAAUAAUACUCAAUAAACCACCUGGGUGACUGUAAUAAUACUCAAUAAACCACCUGGGUGACUGUAAUAAUACUCAAUAAAUCACCUGGGUGACUGUAAUAAUACUCAAUAAACCAUCUCCGAUGUUCCUGGCUCUUUGUUCCUUGCUGCAUCAUUAGUCUUGUUCUUGAUUACCAGUUGGGUUUUGAAAGCUUCGUUCUGGUGUUGUGGUAAUGUCACUAACCUUAACCCUAACCCUUCUAUCCCUCUCUCUCUCUCUCUCUCUCUCUCUCUCUCUCUCUCUCUCUCUCUCUCUCUCUCUCUCUCUCUCUCUCUCUCUCUCUCUCUCUCUCUCUCUCUCUCUCUCUCUCUAUCAGCACCAUCGGCCGUGUCGAUCAUGCACCAGGUGAGCCGGACCCCUGACAGCAUCACUCUCUCCUGGUCCCAACCGGACCAGCCCAACGGCCUCAUACUGGACUAUGAGCUGCAGUACUAUGAUAAGGUGAAGUCAGUUGACAGGUAUUACUGCUGUAAUUCAAACAGUGAGCAGAUCCAGUCUUACACCCUGAGUGUGUAUGUGUGUGUCUGUGUGUGUGUCUGUGUCUGUGUGUUCCAGAGCAUGGCAGAGUGGAACUCAUCGGUGGUGCGCAGUCAGACCAACACAGCAGUCAUCCGUGGCCUGAAGCCCGGAGCUAUAUACAUCUUCCAGGUGCGGGCUCGGACCGUGGCCGGAUUCGGACGCUUCAGCGGAAAGAUGUACUUUCAGACCAUGACUGAAGGUAUGCCAUUCGAACCAGUGUUUUUCAAACACUUUUGAAUUAUCUUGCCCGGUAUAUGGUAUAGUCCCAAAAGUGCAACAUUACAGAGUAGGCCAACCUUGUAGAAGUUAAUAAGAGGAAUGGGUUUGUUUGGUUGUGUAUUUGCAGAGGAGUACAAGUCCAGCUUUCAGGAGAAGCUCCCCCUCAUAAUUGGCUCAGCUGCUGCAGGUGUGGUCUUCAUCAUCGCUGUGGUCGUAUUGGUCAUCGUCUGCAAUCGAAGAAGCUCUGAGAGACCAGAAUCUGAAUACACAGACAAGGUCCAGCACUACACCAGUGGCCACAGUGAGUAACAUGUUUUACAAUUGUAAUUAUAGAUUUUUAAACUAGGAUUAAUUUUGAUUGAUAUAAAUUCUCCUUCCUACAGACAACCUUCUAUCCGUGGGAAAUGUGUUGAAUAGUGGAGUGAAACAUUUGUUAAGGAAUAACGCUACCAUCCUGGAGACAGUGGUGACAUUACGAUUAGAUGUGAAAUACUGGGAGUUAAGGGUUACUACUGUAUCUAACCACCUGUAUCAGGUCUAAGCCCAGGCAAGGUUUUAGCUACUGUUGUAUGUAGCCAAUACGUACCCCCAGGCUCUAUAUUAUGCAUAGCCUCUGUUUUUUCUCUGUUUCUCCUUCCAAGUGUCUCCAGGAAUGAAGAUCUAUAUUGACCCCUUCACUUAUGAGGACCCCAACGAGGCAGUGAGGGAGUUUGCCAAAGAGAUCGACACCUCCUGUGUCAAGAUCGAGCAAGUCAUUGGCGCAGGUAAAAAAUCAACCGGUGAAGGUGAAAACCCUAUAUACAUUAUAACAUAUACAUUAUAACACAGAUUAAGCUUAGUCCUGGACUAAAAAGCAUUCUCAAUGAAGAUUUUCAGUUGAAAGCACUUUUUAGUCCAGGACUAGGCUUAAUCUGUGUCUGGGAAACAGUCCCAUAAAAGUUGAUAUUGAUUUACACUACCGGUCAAAAGUUCUAGAACACCUACUCAUUCAAGGGUUUUUCUUUAUUUUUACUAUUUUCUACAUUGUAGAAUAAUAGUGAAGACAUCAAACUAUGAAAUAACACAUAUGGAAUCAUGUAGUAACCAAAGAAGUGUUAAACAAAUCAAAAUAUAUUUUAUAUUUGAGAUUCUUCAAAUAGCCACACUUUGCCUUGAUGACAGCUUUGCACACUCUUGGCAUUCUCUCAACCAGCUUCAUGAGGUAGUCACCUGGAAUGCAUUUCAAUUAACAUGCGUGCCUUCUUAAAAGUUAAUUUGUGGAAUUUCUUUCCUUCUUAAUGCAUUUGAGCCAAUCAGUUGUGUUGUGACAAGGUAGGGGGGGUAUACAGAAGAGAGCCCUAUUUGGUAAAAGACCAAGUCCAUAUUAUGGCAAGAACAGCUCAAAUAAGCAAAGAGAAACGACAGUCCAUCAUUACUUUAAGACAUGAAGGUCAGUCAAUAUGGAACAUUUCAAGAACUUUGAAAGUUUCAUCAAGUGCUAUGAUGAAACUGUCCCUCAUGAGGACUGCCACAGGAAUGGAAGACCCAGAGUUACCUCUGCUGCAGAGGAUAAGUUCAUUAGAGUUACCAGCCUCAGAAAUUGCAGCCCAAAUAAAUGCUUCGCAGAGUUCAAGUAACAGACACAUCUCAACAUCAACUGUUCAGAGGAGACUGUGUGAAUCAGGCCUUCAUGGUCGAAUUGCUGUAAAGGAACCACUACUAAAGGUCAGCAAUAAUAAGAAGAGACUUGCUUGGGCCAAGAAACACGAGCAAUGGACUUUAGACCGGUGGGAAUGUGUCCUUUGGUCUGGAGUCCAAAUUGGAGAUUUUUGGUUCCAACCGCCGUGUCUUUGUGAGACGCGGUGUGGGUGAACGGAUGAUCUCCGCAUGUGUAUUUCCCACCGUAAAGCAUGGAGAAGGAGGUGUUAUUGUGUGGGGGUGCUUUGCUGGUGACACUGUCAGUGAUUUAUUUAGAAUCCAAGGCACACUUAACCAGCAUGGCUAGCACAACAUUCUGCAGCGAUACGCCAUCUCAUCUGGUUUGGGCUUAGUGGGACUAUCAUUUGUUUUUCAACAGGACAAUGACCCAACACACCUCCAGGCUGUGUAAGGGCUAUUUUACCAAGAAGGAGAGUGAUGGAGUGCUGCAUCAGAUGACCUGGCCUCCGCAAUCCCCUGACCUCAACCAAAUUGAGAUGGUUUGGGAUGAGUCGGACCGCAGAGUGAAGGAAAAGCAGCCAACAAGUGCUCAGCAUAUGUGGGAACUCCUUCAAGACUGUUGGAAAAGCAUUCCAGGUGAAGCUGGCUGAGAGAAUGCCAAGAGUGUGCAAAGCUGUCAUCAAGGCAAAGGGUGGCUAUUUUAAGAAUCUCAAAUAUAAAAUAUAUUUUGAUUUGUUUAACACUUUUUUGGUUACUACAUGAUUCCAUAUGUGUUAUUUCAUAGUUUUGAUGUCUUCACUAUUAUUCUACAAUGUAGAAAAUCGUAAAAAUAAAGAAAAACCCUUGAAUGAGUAGGUGUUCUAAAACCUUUGACCGGUAGUGUACAGUGUGGAUUAAACCCAAUAAUACAUAUUGUAAGAUUUUCUUACAGUACAUUUAAGAUAUCCAAGUUACUGUCCCAUGUUAUAGCACUUGGAUAAGUCUUAUAGUGGUGUAUCAGAGUCCUUUGCUGAUGGACAGUAUAUCUGAAACCUGAACCUGUUAUUGUUCAGGAGAGUUUGGGGAGGUGUGCAGCGGGAACCUGCGUCUCCCUGGGAAGAGAGAGAUCCUGGUGGCCAUCAAGACACUGAAGACGGGCUACACAGAGUGCCAGAGGCGGGACUUCCUAUCUGAGGCAUCCAUCAUGGGUCAGUUUGACCACCCCAACAUCAUCCACCUGGAGGGCGUGGUUACCAAGAGCGCCCCCGUCAUGAUCAUUACUGAGUUCAUGGAGAACGGAUCACUGGACUCCUUCCUCAGGGUCAGUACCGAUGUAGGAUCUUAAUUUGAUUACCUUGUUACAGGAGAAGUUUCCUAGUGUAUUUGAGUUUUAAAAAGGCUUCUGAAGUUUGCAAUUUCCACUUUGAAACUUCAGAUUUGACCCACUGGGCAUUUCAACCCCAAAAAUCAAUGUGAUGACAUUGAAUCAACAUGGAAAACUAAUUGGAUUUGCAAAAAGUCCUCAUUGUAAGAGCAUUUUAACCUAGUCCAUUGAUAUGGUGAAAUGUUUAGUACUUUAGUUUAUUUAGUAAAUAUUUUCUUAACUCUAUUUCUUGAACUGCAUUGUUGGUUAAGGGCUUGUAAGUAAGCAUUUCACCGUAAGGUCUACACCUGUUGUAUUCAGCGCAUGUGACAAAUAAACAUUUGAUUUGAUUUGGUUGAUUUCACAUUGAAUUCACGUUAGUUGACAACUCAACCAAAUGUAAAUCAAAACUAGACGUUGAGCUGACGUCUGUGCCCAGUGGGGAUGUUCCCUUACAAAAAAUGUUGCAACCCCUGUAGCAAACUGGCCCAAAUUAAGAUCCUAGAUAUGUAGGUCAGUGGGCCUCAGCAUCUCAAUACUCUGGAGAGAUCUCCUCUCCUUUUUUCCUUCCCUUCCUUCUUCCAGACAUGUAUCAGGUUAAAAUACAGUAGGUGGCUUUCACCUGUCUUCUCUUUUGGAUCAGUGCAAAUAAAUGGAAAGGUGACUAGAUUAGGAGAUUAGGAGAGGAGCAGCUAAGGGCUAGAUCUCUGCCUAAUCUCAUGAGUGAAUUUCAGAGAUAAUAAAUAGGACAGAAUCAAAAUUAUAUUUAGAUGUGAAGUAUUGUAGGUCAUAUGAAAUAUCAUAGUAACCAUACUGAUUUUUCAACUGCUUUUCAACAUCAAGAACCCAAUGGAUUCAAGAACACAGUGGCUGUCUCUCCUCCACAUCUACACUUUAUAGCUUUUUGGUUUUUGAUUAGCUCUGGUGGGUUUCUCACGGGCUGGCCCAGGUGUGAGGUGUGUAGAGUGGGCUUAGUUAGAUCAGGUGAGCUCACAGAUACAAGUGAUGAUCAGCCAGACACUCAAUUUUAUGUGGCUAACAACACUAGGGGAACUAAUAUGAGAACCAGCAUAAUUUUUUGGAAUGUGUACUGCACGCCUGAACACAUAUCAUAGAAUGUAGCAUAGCAUAGCAUUGCAUAACAUAGCAUAGCAUAACAUAGCAUAGCAUAACAUUGCAUAAUAUAGCAUAACAUAGCAUAACAUAACAUUGCAUAAUAUAGCAUAACAUAGUAUAACAUAACAUAGUAUAGCAAUAUAAAGUUUCAGUGUUUUUUUUUUAAAGCAAAAUGACGGGCAGUUCACGGUGAUCCAGCUGGUGGGCAUGCUACGUGGCAUUGCGGCGGGCAUGAAGUACCUAAAUGACAUGAACUACGUGCACCGGGACCUGGCUGCCCGCAACAUCCUGGUCAAUAGCAACCUGGUGUGUAAGGUGUCUGACUUCGGGCUCUCACGCUUUCUGGAGGAAGACACAUCAGAUCCCACCUAUACCAGUGCCCUGGUGAGUGUGGCUCUGUCCCAAUAUCCAUACUUCCAUACUAUGUAGUAUAAAGCAAUGUAUUUUGGGCAAGUUAGACACCACAAACACCAGUGUCCUGGUGAGUAUGGCUCUGUUCCAAUCAUAGAAAUAGACAAUAUUUCUAUGGUUCCAAUAUACACACUAGAAUGCCACUUAUUAUGAAGCAAUGUAUUGGGCAUGCAUUCUAAGUGGUAUGCUAGUAUGGAAAUGUAUCAGGUUUGAGAUUAUACAUGCAGGAUGCAUCCUAAUAGUCUAAAGUGGCUUCCUCUCCUCGGCUCAUUCCUUUCAUCACCAUUGAUUUGCAAGCAUAGGACACAGGAAAGCAAUAUCAGUGUCUCAACAAAGGAUUUGCUUUUACCUGUCCAGUGCUAUCAGAUCAGUGCAGAAGAAGACGACGAAACAACGCCACUUCUUGAGACUACUGAGAUCCACCCACAACCAAUGCUUUAUUUGCGGGCUGCAGUCCGAUUUUCUACCCUUCUCCUGAACUGUGCACUGAGUACUCCUUCUUAUAGAUUUAAAAGAAAUGGUCUGGUUUAAGAAAUAUGGUGGAAACUGACUCUAAAUCACUCUGGAGAAGAGGAUCUGCUAAAUUACCAAAUUGUAACUCCCUUCAGGCAUACUUGCACCAAUCCAAUACUUCUAAAUGCAUGAGGGGAGUGACCAAGUGCACAGUCCUGGCUGAAGGGUAGAGAAUUGGUAUGGAACACUUGUCUGUCUUUACAGGGAGGGAAGAUCCCUAUCCGAUGGACCGCCCCGGAAGCCAUUCAGUACAGGAAGUUCACCUCCUCCAGUGAUGGGUGGAGCUACGGCAUCGUCAUGUGGGAGGUGAUGUCAUACGGAGAGAGGCCCUACUGGGACAUGAGUAAUCAAGAUGUGAGUAUCCAGGAGGAGUCAUCAUCAUCAUCGUUUCACCUACAAUAUUAUUCCUAGAGCAGAUUAUUGCAGUCACUUGGAGAAAACAGAGAGAAAAGGGGGGAUGGAGCGAUUGAGACAGUGAGACACAUUCAGAGAGAGAGACAGUCUUACUAUACUUCAGGCUGUAUUAACCACAUGGGGAGAGAAACAAUUUAGGCCAAGGCUAUUGAUUUUCAUAUAAAUCUGUGCCAAUGCCCUGUAGGUGAUCAAUGCCAUAGAGCAGGACUACCGGUUGCCCCCGCCCAUGGACUGUCCUAGUGCCCUGCACCAGCUCAUGCUGGACUGCUGGCAGAAGGACCGCAACAACCGGCCCAAGUUCAGCCAGAUUGUCAACAACCUGGACAAGAUGAUCCGCAAUCCCAACAGUCUGAAGGCCAUGACGCCGCUGUCAUCAAGGUAAGGCACUCACGGGCUAUGUCUCAGUCAUCUUAAAUGGCUUCCAUCCUUUCCUCAUCUCCUUUCCUCAAUGACGACCACUAAUUUUAGUGGACUCUCCAGUCCAAGGAAAGGACUCAAGGAAAGGAAGCUGUAAAGGACAGACUCAUUUUUUAAAUUUAUUUUUAAUUUCACCUUUAUUUAACCAGGUAGGCCAGUUGAGAACAAGUUCUCAUUUACAACUGCGACCUGGCCAAGAUAAAGCAAAGCAGUGCGAUAAAAACAACAACAACACAGAGUUACACAUGGGAUAAACAAUACAUAAAGUCAAUAACACUAUAGAAAAUCUAUAUACAGUGUGUGCAAAUGUAGUAAGUUAUGGAGGUAACGCAAUAAAUAGGCCAUAGUGCAAAAUAAUUACAAUUUAGUAUUAACACUGGAGUGAUAGAUGUGCAGAAGAUGAUGUGCAAAUAGAGAUACUGGGGUGCAAAUGAGCAAAAUAAAAAAACAAUAUGGGGAUGAGGUAGUUGGGUGGGCUAAUUACAGAUGGGCUGUGUACAGGUGCAGUGAUCGGUAAGCUGCUCUGACAACUGAUGCUUAAAGUUAGUGAGGGAGAUAAGAGUCUCCAGCUUCAGAGAUUUUUGCAGUUCGUUCCAGUCAUUAGCAGCAGAGAACUGGAAGGAAUGGCGGCCAAAGGAGGUGUUGGCUUUAGGGAUGACCAGUGAGAUAUACCUGCUGGAGCGCAAACUACGGGUGGGUGUUGCUAUGGUGACCAAUGAGCUAAGAUAAGGCAGGGAUUUGCCUAGCAGAGAUUUAUAGAUGACCUGGAGCCAGUGGGAUUGGCGACGAAUAUGUAGUGAGGGCCAGCCAACGAGAGCGUACAGGUCACAAUGGUGGGUAGUAUAUGGGGCUUUGGUGACAAAACGGAUGGCACUGUGAUAGACUACAUCCAAUUUGCUGAGUAGAGUGUUGGAGGCUAUUUUGUAAAUUACAUCGCCGAAGUCAAGGAUCGGUAGGAUAGUCAGUUUUACGAGGGCAUGUUUGGCAGCAUGAGUGAAGGAUGCUUUGUUGCGAAAUAGGAAGCCGAUUCUAGAUUUAACUUUGGAUUGGAGAUGCUUAAUGCGAGUCUGGAAGGAGAGUUUACGGUCUAACCAGACACCUAGGUAUUUGUAGUUGUCCACCCGCCGAGUGAUUCUAGUCGGGCGGGUGGGUGAUUGAAGAGCAUGCAUUUAGAUUUACUAGCGUUUAAGAGCAGUUGGAGGCUACGGAAGGAGUGUUGUAUGACAUUGAAGCUCGUUUGGAGGUUUGUUAACACAGUGUCCAAGGAAGGGCCAGAUGUAUACAAAAUGGUGUCGUCUGCAUAGAGGUGGAUCUGAGAGUCACCAGCAGCAAGAGCGACAUCAUUGAUAUACACAGAGAAUAGAGUCGGUCCGAGAAUUGAACCCUGUGGCACCCCCAUAGGUCAAUUAGAAAGGCCUGCUCGCUGAAGUGUUUUAGGGAGCGUUUGACAGUGAUGAGGGGUGGUCGUUUGACCGCAGACCCAUUACGGACACAGGCAAUGAGGCAGUGAUCGCUGAGAUCCUGGUUGAAGACAGCGGAGGUGUAUUUAGAGGGCAAAUUAGUCAGGAUGAUAUCUAUGAGGGUGCCCAUGUUUACGGAUUUAGGGUUGUACCUGGUAGGUUCCUUGAUAACCUGUGUGAGAUUGAGGGCAUCUAGUUUAGAUUGUAGGAUGGCCGGGGUGCACUGUUUCAUCUGAGGCUCUUUGAUUCACUGUUUCUUUCUCUUUUCUCCUUAUCUUUUUUGGUUUGCUUUGGGUUGUCACUGGGUUCUCAAUGGAUUUGUUUGGGUUCUCAAUGGGUUUUCAAUGGAUUUGUUUGGGCUCUCACUGGGUUCCUCUCCUGUUCCUAGUGUUCACCUACCUCUGCUAGGCCGCAGUACGCCUGACUUCUCCAGCUUCAGCACCGUGGAUGAGUGGCUGGAUGCCAUCAAGAUGGGCCAGUACAAGGAGAACUUUGCCAAUGAGGAGUUCACCAGCUUCGAUGUGGUCUCACAAAUGACCACAGAGUAAGUUAACCUCUCCAGACAACCUCCCCCUGCUAAAUGUGUCCUAGACUGUGUUGAAUGUGUUUUAGACUGAUCUUAAUGUGUCAUAGACUGUGCUAAAUGUGUCAUAGACUGUGUUAAAAGUGUUCUAGACUGUGCUAACUGUGCUAAAUCUGGCCUCAUAAACUGUACUAAAUGUGUCCUAGACUGCUGUGUUGCUGAUUGCUUUCUCUCUCUUCACAGGGACAUCCUCCGAGUAGGGGUGACGCUAGUAGGCCACCAGAAGAAGAUCCUGAACAGUGUCCAGUCCAUGCGGGCCCAGAUGAACCAGAUCACCUCUGUGGAGGUCUGA